AUGAAAAAAUGUGAUUUUUUAAUUUUUUUUUUUUUUUUUGUAUCUAUAAUAAAAUGCUAUCAACAAUUUAUAAUUUCAAAUAAAGUAAUGAUAAAAAAACCUGCUGUCAAAAAUAGCUGUAAAAGAUAUGUACAUAUAUUUGCAAAAAAAAAGAAUAGAAGAGUUGUUAUUUUAGAAUGUACUGAAGCAAGAAAAUACGGAAAACAGCCAUCAAGAUAUGUAACAGAAAAAAAUAAAGUAAAUACACCAAAAAAAUUGCAAUUAUAUAAAUAUAAUAAAUAUCUUAAAAGAAGAACAUUGCAUGUAGAAAUUAAAUAA